GGUCAGACUUUAACUGGUGGYGAAGUAAAGAGGUUCCUAUGUGAURAUAAUUCCCCCAUUGCAAUUGAUAAACUGAUUCAACUCAGYCAAAGAAACAUGACUGAAGUCAAAUCUGCUAUCUGUUCUYUGGAUAAUGCAAAGCUUCAGAAUCUUGCCAAUGAACUGAGGAGGCAAAUACAAGUGCCAGCCUUGCCCAAUGCUACAGCACRACUUAAUUUGUUGGAAAUACAGAGAAGACUUACCAAGGACCUGCAGGACUUAUCUCAAGAUGGCUUGGCAUUGGUACCAUUAGAAAAGCUGCUCUCAGACUAUACAGACAUAUCAAGUAGCUUGGGUUCUGGAGGCAAUUUCAACGAUUUUGUUUGUAGCGGAAGAUGGAGAAGAAGAACUGACCAGCCUUUUAAUAGGAGUCGGCAGCUGCCUUUGGAGAGUACUUUAGGUCUUGGUGCGGCAGCAACAGCAGCAAGAAAUAGCACAAGACUAAGUUGUCUUCAAAAUGUCAGGACAUAUUAUCCAGAUUACUUGAAGCARCUUGAUAAUAAAACGGCAGCAAAACAUCGAGACCAGUGUGCCCUGAUUGAUCCUAAGGCCAGAGUUGAUUGUGGAUGGCCUGGCAUGAAACCAUCAGAAUGUGUKAAGAUGGGCUGUUGUUUUGAUAGUACUGUAAAAAACGCAUAUUACUGUUUCUACAAACCAAGAAAGGCCGAAUGUGGUUGUCUAGUUAGUUUAGUCACUCUCAGUGCCUCAGGAGUAUCGGGUCAGACACAGAAAGCAGCCUUUGAUCGCGGUUUUGUACAGCUAGCGCAGUUGUUCCUAAAGGGAGAGGUUCUCUACACUCCUGAUAAUCCAACCACUAGAGAUAUCAUCAACAAGGUCAAAAGCGAGCUGUCUGAUAUUGGACUGAUUGAACAGUUCGCUGAAUGGUGGGUCAACAACUCUGACACCAUCAGWGAAAGUGUGCUGAAUGCAAAUCAAAUCUACCAAAGAGUCAUGGAAUUGUCCAGAAAUCUGAGUGGAAAUGCUACAGCGAGACAGAAUUUGAUGAACCUGACAAGACAAUUCAACAUACCAGUAUUUGAAAACUUGCAGCGGUUGGCCAACAUGUCUCGCAUGAUUCCUUCGCUUGCCAAUGGUAACAACAGCAUGAAUGUGAGUCUACUGCUCGACAGCAUUGAUAACGUGUUCAGGGAGGUCRUYGCCAUCUACAAGUGCAUUCAACAUGAAUAUUUCGUUGGGUAUGCGAACGAGGACUCGUUAGUGAGACGAGCAAUGAAUACAUCACAGGCCCCUGUUAUUGCAAGUCUGGUUUUUGAAAAUCUCAAUGAUGAUAAAAUGCCUAAACAUGUCAAGUACAAGAUACGACAGGAUAUUGAUUACACCCCGAGGACAGACAGAAUACGAGGAUGGUACUGGAGACCAGGCCCUCGUGAAGGAUUUACUARCAACGGCUAUUUGAACUUUGGAUUUCUGUUCCUCCAAGAUCUAAUUGACCGUGCGCUAUCAAGUGCGAUGCUUAACGAAACCAUCUUCGAGCCAGGAGUCUACCUACAGCCAUUCCCUUAUCCAUGUUACAUUCAUGACAGGUUUGUUUGGUACAUCAGUGGACCCAUGCCAUUACUCAUGACAUUGGCAUGGAUAUACAGCGUGGCCAUGAUCAUUAAGGGAAUCGUGUACGAGAAGGAGAGGAGGUUAACCGAAGUCAUGAAGGUGAUGGGUCUAGGUAGGACAGUCCAYUGGUGCGCAUGGUUUAUCAACAGUGCGAUAAUCAUGCUCAUCACCAUAUUCCUCUUGGUUUUCACCAUGAAAUAUGGCAAAAUCCUGCAAAACAGUGAUCCACUUAUCGUGAUAAUCUUCCUGGUGGUAUUCAUGAUAUCUACAAUCAUGAUGUGUUUCCUGAUCAGCGUGUUCUUCUCGCGCGCAAACGUGGCCGCAGCCUGUGGGGGAAUAAUCUUCUUYGUGACAUACCUACCGUACUCGCUGGUCCGGUGGUACGAAGCAUUUAUGACGACAAGUGAGAAGGCAGUCGCGUGUCUYUCUUCGACCACAGCAUUUGGCGUGGCUUGCAGUUACUUUGCCAGGUACGAAGAGCAAGGGGUAGGGAUGCAAUGGUCCAACUUCUACUCCAGUCCAAUAGAAGGCGAUGGAUUUAGCCUUGGCUACGCCUUGAGUAUGAUGAUGAUCGAUGCUAUUCUGUAUGGUAUUCUCACGUGGUAUAUCGAAGCUGUCAGACCAGGUCAGUAUGGUAUCGCCAAGCCUUGGUACUUCCCAUUCCUCAAGACUUACUGGUUUCCUGAUGAUCAAAAAUCUGGACAACAGUCAAGUCAUAGCUCUAACAACUCCGCACGAUCUCAAUCUGGACAAUCUGGAUCUGCUGGUCAAGAUAGAAACAUGGCUUCUGGUAUGGACGAGGUUAGUUUUAACAACGAAGACCAGACCAACGAGGAUGUUGCAGUAGAGAGUGAGCCAAGUCACCUUCCUCUUGGAGUUUCCAUCCAUGGGCUUGUCAAGAUUUACACAGAAGACAACAAACUGGCUGUCGAUGGUCUCAACCUCAAYCUCUAYGAAGGACAAAUAACCUCCUUUCUUGGACACAAUGGUGCGGGCAAGACYACUACCAUGUCUAUYCUUACUGGUCUUUACUCACCUACAUCUGGGACGGCGCUGAUCAGUGGGAUGGACAUUCGUUCUGAUAUGGAUGGCAUUAGGAAGAGCCUGGGCAUGUGCCCGCAGCACAAUGUCUUGUUCGACCAGCUGUCUGUCGAGGAACAUCUCUGGUUUUACUCCUUGUUGAAGGGGAUGGAGAAAGCCAACAUAGGUGCAGAAAUUGAGAAAUUUCUAAAAGACAUCGGUCUAGAGCACAAAAGGCAUGAACUCGCAGGCAAUCUGUCUGGUGGAAUGAAGCGUAAGCUUUCUGUUGCAUUGGCAUUUAUUGCUGGGUCUAAAGUGGUUAUUCUGGAUGAGCCCACAGCUGGGGUGGACCCUUAUGCUCGAAGAGGCAUUUGGGAUCUACUUCUCAAAUACAAGCAAGGUCGCACAAUCCUAUUAUCCACCCAUCACAUGGACGAAGCAGAUGUCCUUGGUGACCGCGUGGCGAUCAUUUCUCAAGGAAAACUCCAAUGCUGUGGUUCGUCAUUGUUUCUCAAGGGGCAUUAUGGCAAUGGGUAUUACCUAACACUCACCAAAAGGACCCCUGGGGAGCGACCCUCCACAGCAGGCACCAUUCGAGAUGUCAAACUGCAACUAGAGGACCUUACAGAAACAAACUCCAGCUCUACCGAUGAAGGCGUAUUUCUCGACUCUGUGGACGCAGGCUCCGARCGUGACAGCGUAGACUCCAGUAACUCAGACCCUUUUCCAGCCAAUGACACAGAGCUCUUCUGCAGUGAAAACGYGGUCAGUUCAUUCAUCAAGAAGCACAUUCCAACAGCGCAGCUUGUAGAACACGUCGGCUCUGAGUUGACUUACGUAUUACCGACUGAAGCUGCUAAAGAAGGCAAGUUCCAAGACAUGUUCGACGACCUGGACAGGAACCUGGGDAGACUUCACGUCGGCAGCUAUGGUGUCUCUGAUACCACACUGGAAGAGGUUUUUCUUAAAGUAGCGGAAGAAGCGAUGGAUGAGAAAGCAGACACGUUUGCUGCUGAGGUACCCAAGCGUCGAUUCAGCUUCCGUCAUCAUCUCUUCGCCAAAGCGCGCGUACGUGAUAGUUUGUCGGAUAAAUGUGACUUAUUGGACUGUAUGGAGGAAGAAAAUAAUGACACUGAAUUGGAGAGUCCAGUAGAUGCUGUAGAUGGCAGCUUUGACGUYGAUCGUCAAUCCACAGGCCUAAAACUGCUCCUCAGGCAGUUCUGGGCACUGGUAGUCAAACGCUUUCACCACASCCGCCGCAACCGUAAAGCGUUUGUCUCUCAGAUCAUCCUUCCCGCUGUGUUUGUAUGCCUGGCCAUGAUUGUAGCACAGAUUCGUCCAUUCUACGAGAUGCCUCCCAUUAAACUUAGCACUAAGAUGUUCCAAGAGUACGAGCCGUACAAACAUUUCGUCAUGUUCUCCAACGAUGACCCGGUGGACCCAGUAGCCCAGAAUUUGACUGAUACCUUCCUUAACUACCCUGGAAUAGGUACAUCAUGUAUCGAUGGCUCAUGCCCCAAAGGUCCAAUAAACUUUAAGGGAGCCUUGACCCCUCCGGCCAACGUCACACCAGAUUGCUUAUGUGGAACAGGGAUACCUGUGUGCCCUGCUGGGGCCGGGGGUCCAACGCCUCAACACUGGAAGUCUUAUUCUGGAGACAUAUUGCAAAACAUGACUGGAAGAAGCGUUGCWGAUCAUCUUUUGAAGACUUACCAUGAUUAUGUUAAGAAACGAUAUGGCGUCGUAACUUUUGGCGACAAUUUCCGUAAUCUUCCUGACAACAUAAGACUUGCACAAGAUCCUGCGACCAAGAGAUUAGUUACUGCGAGAAACACCAAGGCCUGGUACAACAACAAGGGAUACCAUGCUGUACCAACCUUCUUGAACGUCUUGUCCAACAACAUCUUGCGGGCCAAAGCUAAAGAAAAAGGCUAUGAUCCAACUAAAUUUGGAAUAUCUAUCACUAAUCAUCCAAUGAACUACACUAAAGAACAACUCAAUGACCAGACCGUCAUCAAGCGUGCCGUGGAUGUCCUAGUAGCGAUAUGUGUAGUUUUCGCCUUGUCCUUCGUUCCCGCCAGUUUUGUCGUGUUCCUGGUAAACGAGCGAGCUACCAAAGGAAAACACUUACAUCUAGUCAGCGGUGUUAGGCCAUAUGUCUACUGGAUAGCAAACUUCUUCUGGGACAUGUGCAACUAUUUGGUUCCCGCCAUGCUGUGCGUGCUCAUUUUCUUGGCUUUCAAUGACGAGUCGUACACAUCUGCAAUGAAUUUCCCUCCCACGCUUUGCUUAUUACUACUUUAUGGCUGGGCCAUUACACCACUAAUGUAUCCAGCAUCGUACCUGUUUACAGURUCCAGUACAGCAUAUAUUGUCCUCAUCUGCCUCAAUCUGUUCAUCGGUGUCAACUGCACAUUGGCAACAUUUAUUCUAGAACUCUUUCAAGACGACCAGGAGUUGACGGAUAUUAAUGAUUGGCUGAAGGUCAUCUUUCUCGUCUUCCCAAACUACUGCCUUGGACGAGGACUUAUUGAUUUGGCAAAAAACCAGUUCCUUGGAAUCUUCGAUAGAUUUGGACAAAACCUCGUACGACCAGCCUUCAGUUGGGACAUCACAGGACGCAACAUCUUUGCUAUGAUCAUCCAAGGAUUUGUCUUCUUCAUCAUCAACGUUCUCAUUGAAUAUCGAUUCUUCAUCAAACAAAAACCAAUAGAAAACACAAAGAGCCAACUAGAAGAAGAGGACGAUGACGUCAAACGUGAAAGACAACGCGUUGUUAAUGGGACAGGAAGUUGUACCGACGCCAUGAGGCUUGUCAACUUGACCAAGGUUUUCAAGGUUCGCAAGAAGACUAAUGUAGCUGUAAAUCAAUUGUGUGUUGGUGUUUCUAAAGGAGAGUGUUUCGGUUUGCUCGGAGUCAACGGUGCAGGCAAGACAACCACGUUCAAAAUGCUGACUGGAGACAUUCCUGUAACUUCUGGAGAGGCAUACGUUAAUGGCUACAGUGUUCUAUCAAACAUCCAUGAUGCACACCAGACCAUGGGCUACUGUCCUCAGUUUGAUGCACUUGAUGAGCUACUUACAGCCAAAGAGCAUUUGUAUCUAUAUUCACGACUGAGAGGUGUACCAGAGGACAACAUUGAAAAUGUGGUCAAGAAUCUGAUCAAUAAAAUGAACCUGACGCAGUAUCAGGAUGUCUGUGCCGGGAAAUACAGCGGAGGCAACAAGAGGAAAUUGUCCACUGCAAUAGCACUGGUAGGAAACCCAGCUAUUGUAUUCAUGGACGAGCCAACGACAGGUAUGGACCCAAAGGCACGUCGAUUCUUAUGGAACAUCAUCACAGGCAUCGUCAAAGAAGGAAGAACAGUUAUCCUCACCUCCCACAGCAUGGAGGAGUGCGAGGCUCUGUGUAACAGAGUAGCCAUCAUGGUUAAUGGUCAGUUCAAGUGUCUAGGAAGUCCACAGCAUCUGAAAAACAAGUACGGCGAUGGAUAUACAGUAGUGUUAAGGGUGGCUGGACCAAACCCUCAAACAGAGCAGGUCUCUGACUUCAUCAAGACGGUCUUUCCUCGUGCUAUUCUCAAGGAUAAACAUCUUAACAUGCUGGAAUACCAAGUGCCUUCACAAGGCUUGUCAGUGAGCAAGUUGUUUGGUCAGCUUGAAGCAAAUCGGAAAAUAUUUGAUAUYGAAGAUUAUUCUGUCUCACAGACCACACUGGACCAGGUUUUUAUUAACUUCGCAAAAGACCAAACAGAUGGCAUGGAUGAAUCAUUGCAGGUCAAUCAACACCGCCAACACAACAUUGAGCUGAUGACGAUGCGCUAUACUCACUUGGUUGAAGGAGAUGAAUGCACAGUUAAUGUCUAAUAAUCCACUAAUAAUUAUUAUAAUCUAAUAUUUACUUUUAGUGUAAAAAAUAGUUUACACCUAGCAUCCAUUGYGUAAGCUUUUUACUCCAACGAUUCUACUUGAAAAAAGUAAUACUCAAGAGAAUGACAAGAACACUUACAGAAAAAAGGUUCACUUAUUGUUUUUAUUCCUAUACUACUAUUAAUAUUAAAAAAUCAUUAGAGCAUAUUAUAAAGGUAUGAAAGAAACACAAGAAAGUACAUAACAACAAUUUACUUUAAUAAUUUCACAGCAGACCAACUUAUUUGAUUAACAGUUGUCUGUUACCCAUUUACCUGACGUAUUUUGUCUUGAUCAUGGCAUUUACCAUUUUACCCCUCCAGGACCCUGUUUCAUCAAGCUAUUUUUUCUUGUACAAAAUUAUCAGAGCUCCAGGCGGGAAUYGAACCUGACCAAUGAGCUACUGAACCCCUUGGUUGUGAUCAAGUUCCAGAUGGUACAGUAUGGUUAUAGUUAAGUUAUUAGUCUUCCAAAGCUGUGUUCAUAAUGUAUGGCAGAGGGGGGAGGGGAGGGAGGGG